CAUGACUCUCCCAUCUCGAAUGGACCGGCUGAAGCUGAUGGACGUACACAUGGAAGCCCUCCCCGACUUGCCCGCAGCAAGCCUGAGCGACGACGACUCAGAUGGCGGUGUGCAAUUGACCGCUGAGCAAGCAGCGGAACCUCCGAGUGACCUGGAGGUGCCCAGCAUCACCGGCGACGCCAGUCACGCGGUCGCAGCCACGAGGAUUGCGUCUCCUCGAGAGCGCGCCCGUCCACCUCAGCAUCUCGAAAACGAGCCUGAGCCCGCACAAGCACUCCCCGACACCGACCAGCCCAAUCCGGCUGGCACCCUCGUAGCCAAGGACAAUACAAAGACAGAAGGCACCCCCAAAGAGCCAAGAACCAGCUUGCCGCGUUGCACCCUCGACAGCGGCGCCCUCGCGUCUCCAAGUCAGGCCUAUAGCCCGAUUCUUGCUGUCAGCAAGUACCCUUACCUCUUUGUGGAGAAGCGGGAAACUCAGAGAGUUGCUUCUGCGAUCUUUGACGAGGGCAAGUUCUGGGAACGUGGAUGGGACCUAUACUACGUCUGGCCAGUCGACGGUUCUAAGCCUCUCGUACUCGUCACAGAAGACCAGGUUCAAGCCCUCCUCAACCAUAUAAACCGUCUAUUCCCACGUAUCGGCGCCAAAAUUACCGACUCCGAUCGUGAGCAAGGCCUAGCUGCUAGAUUCCCUGAUCACCCACGACUCACUCCCCGCUACCUUGGCCGUAUAAGCUCCAAAGCGGAGUUUGAUAAGAUGGCAGCUGCUCCACCUGGCCAUAAGCACCGGGCUCCGGGAGAAGGCCAUGCGCCUCCUCCAGACGAACGCACCUUGGAAGCGUUCAAAGAGAUGAUUGAAGAAAUGGUCGAGCUGUCCAGGGGAAAGAACAAGGCCAAGAGGGAAAAGCAGAAGAAGACGAGGCAAAUGUCACAGCAGAACAUGGCCAAGCAGCUCAAGAGAGCCCAGCGGUAUCUAGGCCUCCGCCCAAAGCGUCCGGAUAUGCAAGAUCCAUUGAAAGACUCAAGUCUUUCUUGGGAAGAGCUUCAAAAAGCACAGGCUGCUCGUCAAGCGGCAUUGGCCGUUCCUGCUCACGACCUAGAGCUGCUGUGUCCUUGGCCUCGCGAUGCAUCAGUAAUCUUCAUCUGCGUGGAUGUCGAAGCCUGGGAGCGAGACAACAGUAAGAUCACCGAAGUUGGUAUAUCAACUCUAGAUACCCUAGACCUUGAGGGAAUCGCUCCAGGCAUCAACGGCGAGAACUGGCUAUCUAAGAUGCGCAAUCGCCAUUUCAUCAUCCGCGAGUACAGCCACCUCCACAAUACCGAGUUCGUCACUGGCUGCUCCAACGCCUUCGAGUUCGGCGACUCUGAGCACAUCAGCCUAUUUAACGCACAUCAAAUCAUUGAGUCGUGCUUCCGACCGCCAUACUCGGCCCCAAGCGACCACCCAGCUGCUUCCUCCAUGGAUGAAGCAGCACACAAGCGCAACAUCGUCUUUCUCGGCCACGACGCUGGCAACGAUGUCAGAUACUUGCAAAAGCUAGGCUUCAACCCGCUCAGUCUUCCGAAUAUGCUUGAAAUUCUCGACACCGCCGAUAUGUAUCGUGCGUGGAAGCGCGAGAUCAACGCACGCUCCCUUGGUACGAUUCUGUAUGAAUUCGACAUCGCCGGCUGGAACCUGCACAACGCAGGCAACGACGCUCGCUAUACGCUGCAAUGCAUGAUCGCCAUCGCAGUCAAAGAGGCGAGCCUGAGGGGAAAGGCUAUUGCAGAACAGCGCGAUCAGGACAAGGUGCAGCGUGUUGUCGAUGCGCAGAUAGCAGCGGUGGAAAAAGCUCAGGAAGAUCAAGAAGGCUGGAGCUCGGCGGAAGAGGGCGAUGAUGGCGGUGAGCCUGUGUCCGUUGAUCAUGGAACAAGGCCCGAUAGCGUACAGAAAACUGUGUCCAACCUCUCUAGCAAUCGCGGCGGCAUUGCAGGACACGGCAAUAGCGGAAGAGGUGGCUGGAGCGAUCGCGGCCGCGGCGAGUAUGGCAAUGGAUAUGGUCGUGGUCGUGGUCGUGGGAAUGGCGAGCAGUCGCGUGGUCGAUACGGCCGUGGUCGCGGCGGCAACAACUCCCUCCAGGACGAAGGCAUGAAGCCUGAUUUUCGUGGCGGAUUUGGCCGCGGCAGACGGUCCCCCCUCCCUAGCGGAAGCGAUCAAGGAAACUCAUCUUCGGACGGCACCCCGCUUCGUGGUGGAUUCGGACGUGGCAGGGGAAGGGGCCGAGCAUCACCGGGCGGAUGGUGAACAUGAGUUUGCAAGCUUGCAUUGAAGAUGCUUCAGGCGAUUGGGAGGUGUACCAAUACCUAAAUAUGGCGUUCUCGGAUGGUAAGUAAGUCGGACUGCAUAGACGGUCUGGCUAUUUCUUGUGGCCUCACUGAAGCAUAUGGAGCUACUGGUUUGCGAUAUCCUGCAGGUAGAGCGGGCUGGCUCACCUUUUUGGGAUCUUUAGGAGGACUCUGUGCUGUAAACAUCAGAUUAAAAGAAACCUCUGUGAUCAUUGAAACAAACUAGACUUCUUUCUGGGUGUGUUUCAUCAAGAUUUGUAUGUGCAGGGUCUCGUUCGAGCGUC